CUCUUUCCGAGUCGUAGGCACUGGCGGUGCAAGCAGUCGAGCAGUGGAUGCAGCCUUAGAGAUUGCACGUGGCUCGAAUUACCGCAAGAAUUCGUUUGGAGGAGGGUCCUCCAGUAGCGCCGCAGGGUCAGGCAACAACAAUUCAGCCGCUUAUGGAGUCAACUAUCAAGUGGAGCGUGCGAGACAUAUGAUAGCGGCGGAUGAGGCGGCGCCAAGAUUGAUGCCUGACACCUCCAACAUGAUGGCUGGCGGAAGCUCAUCCUCAUCGAGCACAGGAUUGACCAUCAACCAAAAAGUAGAUCUUGGCGCAGGUGGGGUGGAUCAUCAACAUGUAGGAAGACGAGCAGGAAGACAAGCUGGUGGACGCCGAUCCGCAGACAAUCUGAACUACGGACGCCGAUUACCCCCAGCCCCAUUAGGGAAAAUCGGCUACGUCCGUAGCUUUGAUGCAACGAGCGGUUCGGGUCUUGGUGUAGGAGGCGCAGGAGUGGGCCAACGACCUCAGACGCGGGAUGGAAGCAGCAGCGGGAAUGGGCGAGGAGGUGGAGGUGGUGGAACAACUAGUAUGGGAACAAUGGGAAUCAAUGCUGGAACCAGUGGUGCUGGACCUUCAAAUAGUGGCAGUGGAGGUGGUGGUGGCCCUUCUGGUGGUGGCCCAGGUGGGGCAGGUCUUGAUGGUAGACCCCACACGAGAGGUUGAUGCCCUGAAUGUCAUUAGAUAUGGAAUGUACUAAGAAGAAGGAUGGCGGUGAAGAAGGAGAUGUAGUUGUUCUUCUUCUGCAUCAUAUCGUCAUCCCCAUAAUGGUAUCUAUGAUGUAAUAAAUAAGUAAUAUCCGAAAAUGCAGAACGCGCUAUCGUUGUUUGCCAUUAUACGUGUUGUCACGGUUCAAAACUAUCACUUCUAUAAUCUAUAAUGUAUCUCGCGGUAUUCCUCGUCAUACGAAAUCGAAAGUGCUGUAACAUCAAGCACAAAGAAAGGAAUCACAAAACCAGAUUAACAAUCAAGAUUGACGACUUUCAGUUGCAAAAGUAACCCUAUUUGAAUUUGUUUGAUCCAGAAACCACAAAAUGUCAUAAGUUAAUGUUUUCUUCAGAGAUGUCAUGUGAGAUGAAGAACUAUUACAGAACGGUGUAGUUUAUCAUAAUAAUCACAAUCCUGAUUUUCAUAUCAUUGUCUUUGUCAGAUCAUGAUAAAAAUCACACACACGGAAUGGUAUAUUGCACAGUUUGAGGACGAGUCCUGAAUAGUUACGGUAAAAUACUUAUCAACGUUAAAGCCUUAGGAAUAGGAUUGGAUAGAGUUAUAGUUCCUUAGAUAGUACAAGAAGCUUAAUAUGAAUAUCACUCUAGUCUAGAAGAUAGUUGGUUCUAGAAUGGAACGAAUUAGCAGCAUGAAGAUCGCGAUGGAUCAUAUCACUUUUCAUUUUGAUGAUACGCAAAACACUUGCUUAAUACGUGUUCCGACAAAUAGCCUAUAACGACAGAUUACACCAGCAAGAGUAUGUGGAUUAUAGAAAGUACGAAAAAGGCGCUGACUAUAAUACGGCAUGAUCAAGAAAGCACGGAAAAAACGCCACGACAUGUGAAGUGGAGGCCAUGGCAUGGGUCCUUUCCUCAUUCCUCCUUGUGGUACCCACAAAUUAACAUCUAGCACAACAAGCCCAUCCCCAUUCGUGUGCACCUAUCCUCCUUUGUGCAGCAAGUUGAGCAAUUGCCUUCUUAU